AUGAACUUCAAUAAUGAUACAGCCAACAAACAGUCCCAUUCCUUACCACCAAAUGUCCUCAUUCGUGUGUUCGAAAACCUCCCCAUAAGUUCACUUGCUAAUGUAGCAAUGGCCUCGAGGAGGUUCAAAGUCCUUGCCUACGACGACGAGAUCUGGGAUACCAAAUUGAAGAUUAUGCUAGAAUCUGACACUGGCGCUCUAGCUGCCCUUCUUGAGGAUCCCAAUGCCAAACUGUCACUCAUUGACAAGGACACCAGCUUUCUUAUUAACAAUAAGCCUCUCAAUACACUUAUUCCUGGGAUGUCCCGAGAUCCCUACAAUGAGAGAGCAAGAGCAAAGUCCACAGGUCACGCAAGAGAGCGGUUUAAGGAACUUUAUAUCCGGAUUGCACCCUAUUACCUUGACCUUCGCAAUAUUAAUGGAAAAUCUAAAGUUCUUCAAGACUUUGGUUCAGCCCCAGAAACAUGCGGCAAAACAUUGAACUUGCUGGUUGGGCUGGGAAAAUGCAAAGUUGUUGAUGAUUGGAGAGAACUUAAUGAUACUGUGGAAGCUUUGUGUCAGUACUUUGAGAGCGCUUCUCUUCAUGAGUUUGAAAUUGCUUAUGAUUCUAACAAACCUGCUGAAAUGAAGGUUUACGCACAUGCUAUCAUUGCAUUGAACGGAGGAUCGCUUUGCAUUCAAACCUUUCUUCAGAAGCACCCGAUAUUUUAUGAUAACCCAUUCAAACCCGAAGAUAACUUUGUUUCUUCAGGUCUUGAUAUUGACUCGCUCAAGAACUUAUUUGCUGCAAUCACAGACGCAAUGAAACAACAGGCCGAACUGAUCAUUCAAGUAUUUCCACCAAGUGCAGAUGUCUUUUAUAUGUUUGCCGAUAGAGUAUUCGAGGAUGUGAUGGCAGACUAUGUUACACAGCUUCUGGGAAGGGCACAAACCAUAGACUCCAGCAAUUAUCUCUAUGCUAUAUCUUCCAUACUCACUCUAGUCUAUUCUCUUGUCGAUGUAAUUACCGGAGAUGAUGUUGCAAUUAGGAUUGAUAAAGAACGAGGUAUAAAUCUCCUCUACAAAUUAUUCUUUCCCUUGUUGGAUGAUUAUCUCGAGGAAGAAAAGAAGUAUGUGGAAAAAAAGUAUGGAAAAGAAAUUGCCGACUGGAAUCAAUCUUCCGGGGAACGCCGGGAUGAUCCUUCGGUCCGGUUAACUAACCAAUCCCGUGAAUUGUUUAAGCGCAAUUAUCUCUUGGCAUUCAAAAAAGUUAUCGCAUUACCUAUUGACCUGGUCUCUUCUGCAGCAACAACCAUUGCUUCUCCUUUUCAGCGGUCUAUGCAAUUCUCCUUCAAGUCCGAAGACAAGACCGCCAACAAACGUGCUUCUUCAACCCUAGCAUCAGUUGAAUCCACCUCAUCCUCUACUAGCUUCUCUCCUCAAUCAACACCCCCUUCUACUCCAAAAAAUUCUGUUUCUAUCCCUCGACAUCAAAAGACCAACUCAACCACCUCGAUCUCAAAAUCGCCUGUCAACGAAUCCUCAUCCCUUCAUUCUCGCCAGUCCUCUAGGAACUCUAUCCCCACACCAACCACCCCAGAAACAAAAUCAUUAGAGCCUUCUGAUGCCCUUGAAAAUGCUCAACAUGAACUCGAUGCACUACAGAACCUGUUGAGUUUGAGCGUUGCGGUUAAUAUGAUUCAUGUAAAUAAGGAUUCUGAACGGAGAGUCCAGAGAUUUAUCAAUAUUGGAUUCCCUGGAAGAAUGAAACAAGAUAUUCAAAAAACAUUCGAAGCCAUCUUUAUAAAUCUACUCAAAACGCUUGGCCAUGAUCACAUUCAAACAGCUUUUGAAAGAGCAUCCAAGAGACUUUUAUCUUAUAAGCCAGACCCAGAAUCUCUAAAGUUUAACAAUGGCGAAGUACCUCCUUUGACAGAAUUCUUUGGAAUGGUACAUCUUGCAGAUUUGAUGCAGCAUAUGAUCCAGGCUUACUACGAUGAAGAAAUUACAAAAUAUGUAGACAAACAUGAUUUUAUGAACGAUAUCAACAAGGAGAAAAAGUCGUUUGAAAGAUUGUUGGAUGAUUGUGUGGCCCAGGGUAUGGAUCAUGGAAUUCAGGUUCUGCUGGCUCAAGUAGAGAUGAUUCUUUCUACUGAGCAAAAGCCGGAAGAUUACAACCCACCCAGUGAUAUUGAUGUAGAUCUUAAACCCACAAAGGCUUGUUUUGAUGCAAUCGAAUGUCUUAAAAAGAAUAUUUCUAUGCUUUCUGGAGCAGCAGAAAAAUCGACAAUGGAUCUCUUCUUUAGUGAGAUUGGUCGUCGAUUUUUUGAGGUUCUAUGUAAGCAUCUCAAGGCUCAGACAGUAAAUGAGAUGGGUGGUUUAAGAUACAUCUGCGAUAUGAAUGCGUACUAUGCGUUUGCAGUAGAUCUGAAGCAAAGAGCUAUCACACCUUACUUUUCUGCACUCAAAUCACUCUCCAACGUAUACAUUAUUACAUCACCGCAGGAUAUUAAGAGCGUCAUCCAUGAUUUGGAAAGGUAUCAUGGUUUGAUGCGUAUUGAAGAUCUUUUCGAAUUUGCAUCCUGCCGAGCAGAUUGGCCAAUCAUCAAGAAGGUCGUUCAAAAAGACAUGACAGAUUGCAGUAUCAUGUAA